AUGCUACGGCCCUUCGUCGCCCCUGCUGCAUCCCGUGGGCUCUGCCUUGGCUUGCGACUCCGCUGCCUUUCGAUUCUUGGAGGCCGGGCCUUCAGCGAAAGCAGGGAGGAGGUGAGGGAGCUGGAUCCCCAUGGGCCCAAGGGUACUCCCAAGGGCCUCACAGAAUCGACUAGCGCCAUUACAUCCUUCACUGGGGGCUUGCCAGCGAGCCGCGACUUUGAUUUGCGGCAAUCCUUCAGAAAGUUUCCUUUACACCGAGAUGUACAGCUUGGAUUGAUGAAGAUGGGAGUGUCUGUUCCAACGCGUGUACAGGAUCUGACGAUGCCAAUGCUGAUGGAAGGUGUGUCGACAUUCAUUCUGGCACAGACCGGCACGGGCAAAACUUUGGCCUACGUGUUGCCACUUGUGCAUAAGCUGCUCUCCACGAACGCGGAAGGUUUCUUCCCAAAGAGCCGAAAGCCGAGAGCCAUCAUCGUGCAGCCAACUCGUGAACUGGCUCUGCAGACCAUCAAGGUGGUCCGGAACUUCCCAGUGAGGUCUGUGGUGUGUGCUCCCAGUUGCUCCUUCGUCAAGGAGACCCAGGCGCUUUUUGCGGGAGUUGAUGUGGUGGUGACAACGCCAUUUCGCUUAAUUCUUCACCUCGGGAAAGCUGACAUGGUCUUGAACGAGGUCCGGCAUGUGGUGUUCGAUGAGGCAGACACGCUGUGCGACACCUUCUAUGAGAAGGACACAAGCAAGCUGCUGAAAGGACUAGAGGAGGACUGUCCAACAAAGCCGCAGGUGAUCAUUGUCGGUGCAACUCGCACUGGAGCCGUGUCUGCUUUCCUGCGCAAGCACAUGAACAAUACCCAGGUCAUGCCUGUGGUUACCACAGAUGCCCACGUGCCACCACCACACCUGGAGCAGGUGUUCGUCCCCACCCGCGGCAAGCGCUUGCUGUCAGUAUUGUGGGACGUUCUUGGAGAGGUUCCAACUGUCGGGAAGAAGACGCUGAUCUUCACCAAUCGUGCACCGACGUGCAAGGCCGUACACAAAAGCCUCCUGGAACACGGCAUGAAUGCCGUUUGUUUGCACGGCAACGUUCACCCGGACAAGCGCAAGCAGGCUUGGGAUUCCUUUGCCGGCGGUGGCAAAGCUGAUGUCAUGGUGUGCACCAACCUGGCCUCAAGAGGGCUGGAUUUCAGCAACGUGCACCAUGUGGUGAUGUAUGACUUCCCGCUCAACAUGGCAGACUACCUGCAUCGGGUCGGGCGCACGGCCCGCGGAGGCCGUGCAGGAAGGGUGACUACCAUCACCCCCCGACGCUACUGGCCGUUCGUGUCCAAAAUACAGGAGGCGACAAAGCAAGGCAAGCCUAUUGAAGUCCGGAACAUGUCAAAGAAGGUGAAAAAGAUUCUUGCAAUCGAGAACUAUCAGAAAGUUCUGCAGUCGCGGGACGUCAAAAAAAGUGUCAAGCAGAAGCUCAAGCAGCGGCUGGGCCUCCCACCUGCCAGAAACAUCGGCUCCAAGGAGACCAAAGCUGCAAUGAAGAGGCUUGACCGACGAAUGAAAGCAAUUAAGCACGUUCGCUACCUGUGGAAGCGUGGCAUUCUAAAACGGGGCCACAAGAUUCCACAGAUGCCUGACAAGCAGGUCGAGGCUUCUGAGACGCAAACUGUGUCGACGCUUGUGCGAGCACGUGAUGGCCUGCUCCAGGUUGUACCGAACCGACGCCGUCAAAAUAGAGGCGCAGAUCGACCGGAGAACGCUCCUCUGCAGCCUGUGCGCUUAAACUCCAAUGAAGCACCAGCUGCUUCGAACCGGCGCCGGCGGCACUGCCGUCCACACACAUCGCUGAAAGUUGCAAGACGCGAUCUUCUUGGCGCUGGAAUCACAUGGGUAGGCGGCGCCGAGCGUGCAUUGGCUCGCUCAACUACAGCUCCAGAGAUUGUGAAACGUCUUUGGGCCGGCGGUCUGAGCAGUGGAGAGGACUUAGAUGCUUGGGUGGCCGCAUUCGCUGCAGAUUGUGUUUAUGAAGACUUGUAUUAUGCACAGCCCGCAACCGGUCGGCAGGAGCUGAGAAGAUUGCUACAAGAGAAGUUGCUGCCGAAGGGAGCUCGCAUGAUCCUGGACCACGUGUCCGAUGGAAGAUCCUCAUGUGGCUUCACAUGGCAUAUCCAGCAAGAGGGGGUCGGAACAGGCCAGCGAGGCCUCUGCUUUCUCCGCUUAAACUCAAGCGGCGAGGUUGCUUAUGUGCGUGAGCUUGGCGAGCCGCUUUUCAAGGCCGGCGUGCUGACAGAGCAGUUGCUGCAGGCGCUCACAAAAGACCAGCCCAAGAAACUUCGAGCAGCGAGCUCCACCACGCAGACACCCACCACAGCUCCAGGCAUCGUGAAGUACUUGUACGGCGAUGUUCAAGAGAGCGGCGGCGAUGCUGUUCGAUUCUACGCGGAUGAUGUCGUCUACGAAGACAUGAACUACGACACGCCAUUUGUUGGGAAGACUGCUGUUGAGGGCUUUUUGAAUCGAUUCCAAGACAUCGAAGGCGUCACCUUUGUACUUGAAGAAGUGUCAGAUGGAGAGAAGGCUGUGGGCUUCACUUAUCACAUAGAUGUGGCAGGGCAGCCGCGGGGCAUCCGUGGUGUAACCUUCUACGAAAUCGAUGACCAGGGCAAGGUUAAGUAUGUGCGGGAUGUUCCGGAAUCGGCCACCAAGCCACCUCCAGUGCAGCAGGUGCCAUUGCAAAUGGAAGCCGUUUGA